AUGCGGCGCCCAUAUUGUAGCUCGGCUUCCUCCGCCUCGUCGGCCUCCCGCGCGUACGCUGACCGGCAGUCGGGGACCUCCCUCCUCGCGUCGUCCGCCGCAACCCGGUCCGGUCCCGCCGCCUCGUCUUCCCGACGAAGCCACCUUAAACGCGAAUCCGUUUCCUCUGUCGGCGACUACUCCGAAAACGACUACUCCUCCUCCGACGAAGACGACGAGUCCUGGCUCGACACUGCCGAUAUCGCCGAGCAGCUUGCCGAAGACGGCGACAACGCCCCGGCCGUCCGUGCCCGCCUUCACGAUAACAUAGACCAGGACACCCUUGCUGGUGUCUUGAAACAGAACCACUCCUCGGCCGCCGGUAACAAGGCCCGCCGCAGCACAAAACGCGUCCAUUACGACGACGCGAGCGACUCCGACAGUUCGCCCCACCGGCGUCACCACGCUGGCGCCGUGGACAAGGAAGCCAUCCGCAUCCCCGAUACUGCUGUCCGUCGCGUCUCCGCGGUUGAACGCAUCCUCGCUUCCAUCAUGACCGGCGGCUCCUCUUCCAUCCAUGGCCUCACCGGCAAACCCCUGAUCUACUUUACGAGCAUUUUCGUGUCUCUCGGCGUGUUCUUGUUCGGAUAUGAUCAGGGUGUUAUGUCUGGCAUCAUCACAGGCGGUUUCUUUAGAGACUACUUUAACAACCCCUCCAAAGCGGAGGUAGGUACCAUGGUGGCUAUCCUCGAGAUUGGCGCCUUCAUCUCGUCUCUCGUGGUCGGCCGUGUCGGUGACAUCAUUGGCCGCCGGAAAACCAUCCUGUACGGGUCCAUCAUAUUUUUUACGGGUGGCGCUCUGCAGACGCUGGCCACGUCUAUGGCUAUGAUGAUGCUUGGUCGCAUCAUCGCUGGUCUCGGUGUCGGCAUGCUGUCUACCAUCGUCCCCGUGUACCAGUCUGAGAUUUCGCCCCCACACAACCGCGGCAAGCUGGCCUGCAUUGAGUUUUCUGGCAACAUUAUCGGCUACACCACGUCGGUCUGGGUCGAUUACUUUUGCGGCUUCAUCGACAGCAACAUGUCGUGGCGCAUCCCGCUGCUGAUGCAGUGCAUUAUGGGUGCGCUGCUCGGUCUGGGCAGUCUCAUCAUUGUCGAGUCCCCUCGCUGGCUGCUCGACAACGACCUCGACGAGGAGGGCAUUGUCGUUAUUGCCAACCUGUACGGCGGCGGCGACAUCCACAACCCCAAGGCCCGUGACGAGUUCCGCGAGAUCAAGAUGGACGUGCUGAUCCAGCGUCAGGAGGGCGAGCGUACCUACUCGGAAAUGUUCCGCCGGUACAAGAAGCGUGUCUUGAUCGCCAUGUCCGCGCAGGCUCUGGCCCAGUUGAACGGCAUCAACGUCAUUUCGUAUUACGCACCCUACGUAUUUGAGUCUGCCGGCUGGGUGGGCCACAGUGCUGUGCUGAUGACUGGCAUCAACGGUAUCACGUACUUGUUGUCGACCAUCCCGCCCUGGUACAUUGUGGACCGCUGGGGCCGCCGCGUGAUUCUGCUGACGGGUGCCUUGGCCAUGUGCAUAUCACUCUCGUUGAUCUCGUACUUUAUCUUUUUGGAUCUACCGACCACGCGCAUCUACGUCGUGGCCUUUGUCAUGAUCUACAAUGCUGCAUUCGGCUACUCUUGGGGCCCGAUCCCGUGGUUGUACCCGCCGGAGAUUCUGCCGCUGAGCAUCCGCUCCAAGGGCGCCAGUCUGUCCACAGCCACCAACUGGGCCUUCAACUGGCUCGUGGGUGAGAUGACGCCGAUUCUGCAAGAGUGGAUCGCAUGGCGGCUCUACCUGGUGCACGCCUUUUUCUGUGCUCUCAGUCUCGUUGUCGUGUACUUUUUCUAUCCUGAAACGUGUGGUGUCCGUCUUGAAGAGAUGGACUCGCUGUUCGGCGACGCCAGCACUACAUUGGGCACGCCGCGCUCCAUUGGCACGCCUGUCCCCGGCGACACCGAGUCCGGUGCGCUCUUGGCGCCUGGUUCGCCUGUGCCGUCGCUCGACCUGCGGGCGUCGCGCGGCCAGUUCGGCCCCUCCAGCGCCAUCCCUGGCCUCAACAUUGACCCACCGUCGUCUCUCCACGAGGCGCCGGCAAGUCGCCGUGGCGGCGGUGGCGGUGAGGGUGGCUCGAGCCGUGGUGUCUCGGGUUGGCUGUCGCGCGUGGGUGUUUUCCGCGGCGGCUCGUCACCGAACCCGAGCGAGAGCGGCGGCAAGUAUGCGCCCCUUGGCCAGGGUGAGGAGUAA